GGAGUCCAAAAGCACCCGUGGGAGAUGGACAGCGCGCCGGCCCACUGCAGAGCAAAGCCGCCUCCUCACAUGGCCCAGCCACUAUUACAACAACAGCUGGAAGUCUAAAAACGGGGAAGAGUCGCUGGAGGUGCAGAGUCUUUGACUGCUGCGGAAGAAAACGUCGAGUCGCUCCAGCCGCAGACGCCGAGGGACGGCAGAGGACCCCUCGCUCGCCUCACAGGAGCCCCGUCAAAGCUACAGACAGGACUCUGUGUGCUGCAGAUGAUGUUGAUGAGGUGGUUGAGUUCAAAGCUCCCACUGACGAUGAGGAGGAAGCAGCAGAGAAGGGAGCAAAAAAGAAGAAAAUGGACAAGCUGCCCAUUCUUAUGGCUUUAAUGUUGCAGACCGUGUGCAAGACACUGGCCAUGCAGGGCUCGUCCUGCAAAAGCACCGUGGCGCAGGCCAUCGGCUCCCAGAGCCUCGGAGGUCAGCAGGACUGGCUUGGGUUUCCAAACCCGGCCCAGAUGUGCUACAUGAACUCCAGCCUCCAGAGCCUGAUCACGCUGGCGGACUUCAUCAGGGACGUCAGCAGCCAGGAGGACGUGUGGAGUUCACUGCCUGAGGCUGAACUGAUGAGAAGAUUCAUGGACGUAGUGUGGAGUCACCGCUCCGUCGACUCCUGCCACAAACUCCAGGCCCUCGAUAUGUUCAAGAGGGCCCUCUCAGUCCAGGCUCCUGAGUUUCGGGACAACUACCAGAAAGACGCUCACGAGUUCCUGAUGACGGUCCUGGAUCAGAUGAGGAGUUUGUCCCCUCUGCUGCAGGAGGUCGCCGCCAGCUUAGGAAAAAGCUACAGAUGCCCCGUCGAGGACCACCUGGUGUUCAAGAUGCAGAACACCAGGACCUGCAAGGGCUGUGGAGCCCGGUUUACACAAGUGGAGAACUUCACCAUCCUGUCUCUCAACCUGGUGCCGGGAGAUUCAGUCCAGGAACUGCUCCAGGAGUCCCUGAUGGAGACGGACUUGGAAUUCAGGUGUGACUGCGGUGCCAACACAUCCAGCCAGCAGUCCACCUUUGCGACCCUGCCCAAAGUGCUGAUACUGCAUCUGAAGCGUUUUCGCUACACUCCGCUCCUGCAGCUGGAGAAGCUGAGCGACCCAGUUGACCUCUUCAGGGAGCUGCUGGUGACCUCCAGCCAGGCUGAUGGUUGGUACAGUCUGGUGAGUGUCAUCAGCCAUCUAGGCACCGAAGGGAACAGAGGACACUACGUGAGUAACGGGGUGCACCCAGAUGCAGAGCUGGAUGACCCCGAUGACCGCUGGCUCAACUACAACGAUUCAAAUGUCACAGAGACAACCGGGGCGUCCGUCUGCAGUCUGCGUCAGCAAACCGCCUACAUCCUUUUCUACCAAAGACGGAUGUAGAGCAGUCUGGCGAUGGGGGAACAUGAUCGAUCCCAGGUGAGCGGCCACGGGAACGUCACAGGUAAGUGUGUUGUUUCCAUCUCUGUUGUCUUCUUGCAGGUGGCGAAGGGCGAUGGUGGAGGUUCAGGACAGUCUACCAGCUCGUGUCGUGGCCUGGAGCAGCAGGAGUUCCCCCAGCCCUCAGGAGGAGGGGCCGCGUUCAGAGAGCCAGGUUCCUCCCGAGGUUUCUUCCUGUUAGAGGGAGUUUUUCCUCGCCGCCGUCGCCUCUCAAUGUGGACCAGGCAGAAUCACAACUCGUCUCCAACGUCCUCAACUGGACAGAAAGUCAUCACUUUUAUUGUCAUCUGGAGAUGAGUUGGUCUGUAUUAACUUGGCUUGCUCUCUGGGAAAGACUGUGAAUAAAAACAUACUUGAAUUAAGAAUGUUUUCUGUGUAUUUUA